AUGGCUGAUGAAAAGCCCAAGGAAGGAGUCAAGACUGAGAACAAUGAUCAUAUUAAUUUGAAGGUGGCGGGGCAGGACAGUUCUGUGGUGCAGUUUAAGAUUAAGAGUCAUACACCACUUAGUAAACUAUUGAAAGCCUAUUGUGAAGCACAGUUGGAAAUGGAGGCUGAAGAUACAAUUGGUGUGUUCCAGCAGCAGACAGGAGGUGUCUACUAGAAAAGGGAACCUGCUACUUUACUCCAGAAUUCUGUUCCUCCAGACCAAGAAGACAUUCUCAAUUAGAAAACCGCAAUUUGGUUCCACCACAUCCUGACUACU